CCGAAAGUCGGUAUUUACGUAAUGUCUGUGCGAGGUCCAGUAAAAUAUAUGAUGUUAUCCACUUCAUUUAGUAAAAGUGGUGUAGAAUAUCGUAAGAUGAAAUCUAAUUCUUAGCCCUUGCAAACUAUGAACAGUUAAGAAGAUUAAAGAGAAAACAGAAUAUAAAUACACAGACACGUUCCUCACCAGAGAAACAUAAUCCCUCCUUCAACAAGAAGCAACAGCAAGCUCCCCGAGUAAUAACACCUAAAACGAAGAUGUCCGCUACCAAGUCUAUCAUCAUUCCUGUCUCCUCAUCGGGACUGUCCAAGCCAAGGACCAUAGCUCGCACAACUGCUGCAUCAACUGGGCUAAAGUACCAGGCAGCGGAUAUAAUGGAUGGGGCGUCAACUGGGCACUCACGCACAUCGCAUGCGAUCGCUAUCCCAGUGCACUCUCAGGCCACAUGGAACGGACAGAAUUGCAACGAAAACCACAAUGGGGCUAUCGGUGGGGGUGACUUUAUGUCCAAGUGCCAGGAUGCUGGAGUAGCGAAUGGAUAUACUCGUGAACAGAUUGGUGCUGGAUACCGUGGCACUUGUUGA